AUGUUAGCUAUUGCUACCUUACAAGAUGAUUUACCCAACUUCUUUCAAAAGGGCUUCUCAGACCAUUCAAUAUAUUCCCCAAAUAUUAUACUCUCUGACCCACACUAUACAAAAUUAUCUAUCCAUGGACGUACAGCAUACAUAGGAAUAGCGCAGAUGUUAAGAUGGAGUACAAGCCUUUAUUUUGAUGACAUAUCAGUUGAAAUCACAAAGAUGCGCGUGUUACCUAAUGUGCCUGACAUCCAUGACUUGGAUGACCAAGAUCUCUAUUUUUCGUCUAUAAGAGACGCAGAGAAUGAUGCCAGAGCGCCCGGAAUAGUCAAAAGAUUAGAAGUGAGGUGGAGACUAGAAGGAAAGAAACGAUCUUUAAUAUUUCAACAUGAGACGACUCGUCAUAUAGAAGGCGUGUUUAUAUAUAAAUUUGAUCAUCUUGGCUAUAUUGGCGAACACCGCAUCCAAACCAUUAUUCCUCCGCCAAGUAGGCGCACACUAUUACUUCAUUCAUUAGGCGUCAGGUUUAGAUCCCUCUGGUGGGAUCAAGGAAAGAGAUCGCCCGUAUUAGAUCCUGGCUUUUGA